AUCGUCGCGACGGCGCGACGAUGAUCCCGACGAGUGGAGACAGAGAGCACUCCACCAUCUCCCCGCAGUCACCCGCUCUCCAGGAUCGUGAUGUCUCCAGCACGAUGCCAAAGAGCAACACGGACGGCGCGGACGUUACAGUCCGCUCGGCGUCUUUGCCACAACUGACGACAAAGAUGCCGCGAUCCAAGGUGUAUCGUAAGACGUCCCUUAAGAGUCCGUCUCUCAAGUGCGAGAUCGACGCCAACAGCGAUGGUAGCGGCGCUACCGAGAGAAAUGGCGUUGUACGAUACGUGAGCGUUGCCGCGGAGAAGAAACAGAAGAGGAGAAGCCUCGCGGAGAAGAACGCCGACUCGGUCGCCACAUGCGAAAACAAAUGGAAUUCCGAAGACAUCCAUAUCACAUGCAAUCCCCUGUCAACGCCAUACCCGUACUCGACGCCAACGGCGACCACCACGACAACGACCACCACCGUCACCACUACCAGUAAAACGACAGCGACGACGACGGUACAGAGCGACGAGGAGCCGAAGAGCCGCAGUUGUGGCAGCUUCCUACCGAUACUCGCCCUGAUUCCGCAUUCGGUCAUCAGCUUCCAGUAUCUCAGCCCGAAAAUGAAGUUCUCAUGGUGGCGGAAUAAAAUCUCGUGAAGGCACGCAUAGACGCCCACCGUCGUCGCUGUCGACGUUGUGCGUCGCGACGCCAUCUCGACUUGUUUUAUGAAGAGAUAUGCCUCUCUUACCUCUUAGCGAGCUCUCUGUCUUUCUCUCUCUCUCUCUCUCCUU